AUGGUCCCCCCAAAUUUCAAACUUCCCGUCCUACGUUCCUAUGAUGGCCGAGGUGACCCCGAGGAUCACCUCCGCGCCUUCCUCUCUGCAUUUCGGCUCUACUGCGUCCCCGACGCAGUAAUUUGCCGAGCUUUCCCCAUCUUCUUGCAGGGCACGGCCCGAAAAUGGUUUUGGGGCUUAGAACCGAGGAGCAUUUCCUCUCUGGAUGAGUUGAUAGAUCGGUUCAUUCACCGCUUUGUAUCAUCUCGUCCGAUUACGAAGACUUCGGCCUACCUCUUGAACCUGCAGCAAGCCCCCGGCGAGUCACUGCGCUCCUACGUGCAGAGGUUCAAUGAGGAGAACGUGCAGAUACCUGAUCAGCAUGAGCAGGUAACCAUAGCUGCCUUCACCAAUGGGCUGAUCGCGGGAAUCUUCAAUACUGAGAUACACCGGGAUUACCCCCGCACACUUCGGGAACUCUGGGAUCGAGUAGAUCAGGAAAUCCGAAGUGAAGAUCUAAACCGCAUGAAGCGAGAGGCUCAAGCCACUCGUACCGGGCAGGAUUCCCGGAGGAAAAAAGACACCAGCCGAGGCGAACAAGGCCCCAGUGGCUCGUCGACUCAGUUCCGAGACCGCCGAAGUGUCUUCGACCGGAUUGUGAAAGGCAGGUCGUCCACCUCGGACGCCGAGCUGACACCUCUCAAUUCCAGCCGGACCCAUGUCCUGGCUGUGAUGAGGCAGAAUCACCUCGGCCGAAACCCUCCUGAAAUUCCAGGGAGGAGAGAUAAGAGGAACUCGAACUUCUAUUGUGCCUACCACCGGGAUGUUGGGCACGAGACUGAAGACUGCAAUGAUCUGAAGCGAGAGAUCGAGAAUUUGAUCCGGCAGGGAUACCUGAAGCAAUUCGUCCGCAAGGAUGGAGGCUUCAACCAAAGUGUCUCCCACCGGGAGAACCGGGGCCCCCGCCGAGACGACCGGCGGGACACGAACAUGCUUUGCCGAGGUCCCGAAGACCGUAGGGAGGACAAGCCGCCUCCACGCGAUGGAUCACCGGGCAACGGCCCCAACAUCGCCGGGGUGAUCAACACCAUCGCAGGAGGACCAACGGGAGGAGACAGCCAGAACUCCCGGAAGCGGACCUACCGCCAGGCCGGGAUGGAGGUGGCCGAGCCGAGCUCUCGACUGUCCGAGGUCAUCACCUAUGGUCCCACUGACCCAGUUCCUGCGGCCUCCAGCAAUCACGAAGCUCUUGUGAUUGAAGUCCUCACUAACAACUACAUAGUCAAAAAGGUCUAUGUUGACCCCGGAAGCUCGGUAGACGUCUUGUACUACCGAACUUUUGAGAGUUUGAAACUGAUCAGGGAGCAACUCACUCCUGUCAGAACUCCCCUCGUUGGAUUCGGGGGACACGUCGUCCAUCCGGAGGGCAUGGUGACCCUGAUCGUAACAAUCGGGCGACAUCCACGCUGCCGAACUGUGCCUGUCAGUUUUGCGGUGGUCAAAGCAGACUCUCCCUACAACAUGCUGAUAGGCCGGCCCACGCUCAACGCCUUGAGAGCCGUAUACUCCACCUACCACCUGAGCUUUAAAUUCCCAACACCUGAGGGGGUGGCCGAGGUGAGCAGCGAUGUGGGCGCCGCCCGAGAAUGCUAUCUCGCCACCAUUCAAGCAGCAGUCACACCCCGGCCCUCGCCGAGGUCAGAAGAAAAGAGACCUGCGGUCCUCUCCAUAGACAGCAUCGACCCUCAGAAGGCAGGAGAGCCCAACAGGCUUGAGCCCGGGGAUGAGGUGGAACAAGUGGUCUUGGAUGAAGCGAAACCUGACCAAGUGAUCCAAGUAGGGGCCGGACUCCCCUCACCCCUGAAAGAAGAAAUGAUCUCCCUGAUCAAGGAUCACCGAGACGUCUUCGCGUGGUCCGCAGAUGAAGUGGUCGGAGUGCCACCCGAGCUCAUGAUUCACCAACUCAACGUUAACCCACAGGCCCGACCUGUGCGGCAGAAACGAAGGCACUUCGGCCCCGAACGUAGCAAGGCCAUAUCGGAUGUGGUCGACAAGCUCUUGCCCGCCAAGAUGAUCCAUGAGGUCCAAUACCCAACUUGGCUGUCCAAUCCAGUCAUGGUCAAAAAGGACAUCGGUGGAUGGAGAAUGUGUGUGGACUUCACCGACCUCAACAAGGCCUGCUCCAAAGAUUGCUACACCCUGCCGAGGAUAGACGCCCUCGUCGACUCGGCAAUAGGACACGUGAUCCCCUGCUUCCUGGAUGCCUUCAAAGGGUAUCAUCAGAUAGGAAUGAGUGAAGAGGAUCAAGAAAAGACAGCGUUCUACACCGACCAAGGUGUAUACUGCUAUACUACCAUGCCCUUCGGCUUAAAAAACGCCGGGGCGACCUAUCAAAGGUUGAUCAAUCGCCUCUUCAAAGAUCAGAUCGGCCGAAAUGUGGAAGCCUAUGUGGACGACAUUCUCGUCAAAAGUUUAACCACUUCGGCCUUCUUAUCAGAUGUCAAGGAGGUCUUAGGCGUUCUGCGGGACUCAAGGAUGAAGUUAAAUCCCAAGAAGUGUGUCUUUGGUGUCACCUCAGGAAAAUUUUUGGGGUAUCUGGUUUCCCACCGGGGAAUCGAAGCUAACCCCGACAAAGUCAAGGCCAUCCAGGACAUGUCCCCACCUCGGAACCUCCGGGAAGUCCAGAGGCUGAAUGGACGCCUGGCUGCACUGAACCGCUUCCUAUCCCAGUCCGCAGAAAAAGCUUUGCCCUUUUUCAAGGUGCUUAAGAAGGCCGAUCAGUUCGCCUGGACUGAGGAGUGCCAGGCUGCCUUCGACAAGCUGAAGCAAUACCUGCACCACCUACCCACCCUCGCUUCACCUCGGCCCGAGGAGAAGCUGUACCUCUACCUCUCCGCAGCGGACGAGGCUGUCAGCGCCGUACUCAUCCGGGAUGAGGGCACUCAAGUGCCGGUCUACUAUGUCAGCCGAGCUCUCCGUGGGCCGGAGACUCGAUACACUCAAGUGGAAAAACUUGUGCUAGGACUAGUCCACGCCGCCCACCGGCUGAAACCCUAUUUCUUAGCUCAUCCCAUCUCCAUCAGGACCGACCAGCCUCUCCGACAGAUACUGGUGCGGCCCGAGGCCUCUGGGCGCCUCACUAAAUGGGCCGUUGAGUUGGGGGAGUACGACCUGUCGUAUGAGCCACGCACAGCCAUAAAGGCUCAAGCCUUAGCCGACUUCUUGGCCGAGCUCACCUUCACGGAAGGUCGAGAGUCCACUUCCGCCCUAGCCGAAGUAGCCACCUCACACCUGUGGAUGCUGUACGUGGACGGAUCCUCCAACGGGGAUGGCAGUGGGGCGGGACUGCUCCUGGAGGGCCCCCAGGGAGAAGUGUGCUCGUAUGCCCUCCGCUUUGACUUCCCGGCCACCAACAAUGAAGCCGAAUAUGAGGCCUUAAUUGCGGGAUUCCAGCUAGCCCGCAGGCUCGGUGCACAGCGGAUCCACGUCCGCAGCGACUCCCAACUCGUAGUAUGCCAAGUCCUUGGUGAGUAUGAGGCCAAGGAUGAAACCAUGCAACGGUAUCUAGCCAAAGUCCACCAACUCAUCGCAUACUUCGAGUUUUUCGGGAUCCAAAGAAUCCCCCGCUCCCAGAAUAGGCGGGCCGACGCCUUAUCCCGGUUGGCUUCCACCUCAUUUUCUGACCUCAACAAGACAGUCUUAGUGGAAGUCCUGAAUGAAUCGGGAUACAUGGAAGAGGUGGCCUACCCUGUGCACUCUGAAGAUACUUGGAUGACCCCGUUCAUCCUUUUCUUAGGGCAGGGAGUCCUCCCCGAGGACCGGGCCGAAGCGAGAAAGAUACAACGUAAAUCUGCUCGGUACACGCUCCGCGAUGGAGAACUGUAUAAACGCUCAUACCUUGGCCCCUGGCUGAGGUGCGUUACACCCGAGGCAGGACGCCAGGUCCUCCAUGAGAUACACGAAGGCCUAUGCGGGGCUCACGUCGGCCACAGGAUGUUAGCCAGGAAGACCUUACUUCUUGGAUAUUUCUGGCCUUCCCUUCGACAAGAUGCCCAAAAUCUUGUUCUCAGUUGCCCAUCCUGCCAAGUCCACGCCCCUGAGCUUCACCAACCCUCGAACUUCAUGGUUCCAGUCACCUCACCCUGGCCGUUUGAGCAAUGGGGGACAGACAUCAUCGGUUCUUUCCCUAAAGCGGUCGGGGGCUAUACCUUUCUGGUGACCGCUGUGGACUACUUCACUAAGUGGGUCGAGGCCGAGCCUCUGCGGACCAUCUUAGGGCUGGCCAUUCAAAAAUUCUUUUGGAAAUGCAUUAUCUGCCGCUUCGGCAUACCUCAGAUCAUCAUCUCGGACAAUGGGAGACAGUUUGCCGAGAACCCAUUUAAGGCUUGGUGCCAGAACCUCGGCAUCAAACAACAUUUCACUUCGGUGGGCCAUCCUCAGGCCAAUGGUCAGGCAGAAAAUUUUAACCGAACUCUCUUGCAUGGCCUCAAGACUCGACUACACCGAGCUGGCUCAUCUUGGGUGGAGGAACUCCCCAGUGUUCUGUGGUCAUAUCGGACCACGCCGAGGUCAUCCACGCAAGAGACUCCCUUCUCCUUGACCUAUGGAGCCGAGGCUGUCAUUCCUGCUGAGCUCCUCACACCCAGUCCUCGGCUAACAGCCUAUGUAGCCGAGGUGAACGGAGAAGAGAGGCAGUUAGAUCUCGACCUCAUCGACGAGAAAAGAGACCUUGCCUCAACUCAGAUAGCUUCCUACAAGAACACCCUAGCCCACUAUUACAAUGCCCGCGUCAAGCAUCGGCGAUUCUUGCCAGGAGACUUGGUGCUUAGAAAAAACUCGGUCAGCCGAGCUGAACCGCAAGGGAAAUUGGGCCCGAAAUGGGAAGGCCCUUACCGAGUUGUGGAAUCUAGUCUAAGUGGGUAUUGCAAAUUGAGCUACCGAGAUGGCUCGUUAGUGCCGAGGACUUGGCACGCCGAGAACCUGAGACUGUAUUAUGCUUGA